GGAUUCCUCGGACAAUUCCGCCAUAUCGGCGAUCGUCUCUCGGGUGUAUUUGGUGGAAGGAUAUGUCUAACGCCUCUAGGCGGAAGAUAUUACAUCGAAAAUAUAGUUCUCACAACAACAACAAUGGCGUCGUUUGAACAUUGCGUGAAAGUGUCAUUGACGAAAUUGAAAGCUAACAUUGAGCUUAAGCAGCAACAGCUAGAUGUUCUUCAAGCUGUGUUCGAUGGAAAAGACACAAUAGCAGUCCUACCAACUGGUUUUGGUAAAAGUUUGCUGUUCCAGAUGCUCCCAUAUUUGAUGGCAGAGAAGUUCGGAAAGUCAAAGCCUAUGAUAGUUAUUGUCAUUGCACCAAUCAAUGCAAUAAUGGAAGAACAGGUGCGGGAGUUGCGUGCCAAAGGGAUCAUGGCAUGUUCCUUAUCAUACAGUGGUUCUGGAGCGACAACUUUUGAUGCUGAAGAAGACAUGGAAGACACGGAUUGCGAUGACAAGGUGAUUCUUCCUAAAGAAGUCACAAUGAAGGAACUGAUGGAUGGAAAAUACCACAUCAUCUAUACACACCCAGAGUGUUUGUUCCAAAGCAAAGCCAUUGCCAAGAUGAUCAGAUCAAAGAAUUACCAAGAGCACCUUUGCGGCAUUGUUAUUGAUGAGGUCCACAUGAUAUUGGAAUGGGGACCAGAAUUUAGACCUAAAUUUGAAAGGUUGGGAGAAUUGACCUGCCUACACCCACAGAUUGCCCAUGUGGCCCUAACAGCAACAGCUAAACCAGAAAGUAUUAAUACCCUAGCACAGUCGCUAAUGUAUAAAAAUGUUACUGUUGUUGCUGUUAAUCCAGACCGGCCAAACAUCUUCAUUGAUGUAAGGAAUAGACCUCCAAAUAUUAGGAAAGUGGAGAAAUAUAAUUCCUUUAUUGAACCUUUAGCUCAUGAACUGGACAAUAAAAUGGAAAAAUUCCCAUUAACAAUAGCUUAUAUUGAAAAUCUUGAGGCGCUGGGCUAUUGUUAUCAAGUAUUGAACAGUACAUUAAAGGAAAAACAGUAUAAUGGUAAAGAGCACAUACCCGAAAAUCGAUUGUUUGCGCAAUUUCAUACUGAUUACACAGCAGACAUGAAAAAGCAUAUUAUUACAGACCUGUGUAAAAGAACUCCAACCACACGCCUCAUUUUGGCAACAGUGGCCUUGGGAAUGGGGUUAAAUGCUCCUUCUGUUGAGAGAGUUAUGCAUAUGAGGCCUCCAGUUUGUCUUGAAAACUAUCUGCAAGAAAUAGGAAGGGCAGGCCGUACCGGACAACAGUCCUCAGCUGUGCUAUUUUUUAAUAAUAGUGAUAUUGCAUCUAAUAGAAAAGGAAUGACCAAAGAAAUGGUUGAUUUUUGUCAAAACACUGAAACAUGUCUUCGACUUCAGUUGGUGAAAUAUUUUGGGUUUGACAAUGUUUUGUAUAGUGGAACAAAAGAAAACUGUUGUAAGAAUUGUAGAGAAAAAUUCAAAGCAAAUUGAUAGUACUUUUUUUUUAAUCGUCACCAUUAUAGAUUGCAAACCUGAAUACAAUGCACUGACAGGCAUCUUCAUUAGCACUUUAUUCUACAUUUACAGAAAUUUCAAUCGAAGCAAAAUCCUGCGUUUUGAUGCAAGCAAAUUGCAAUUUCUCAUUUUUGACUCCAGCAAAACAAUAGCCUUGCAUCAUUUUGAGACAUUUGUUUUUCAUAAUCCAACUUUUUAAAAGUCAAGAAAUGAGAUGUAUGCUACAAAAAAUGCUUUUCACCAUGAUACAUAUAAAUAAGAUUUUACAAAAUAGUAAACACUCGUAAAGGAACAAAUUUCAAGAUACUUGAGUAUAUUGACCCCAAUCAUUUUCAUUUUGACCCCUGAAAUUUUGAAGCCUUGGGUCAUGUUGAGUGCUGGUUUUUUUUAAAUCUGUGAAAUCCCUGAAUUAUGGAGGCUUUUACCAUAUUCUUAUAUGGAUGUAAUUUAAAAAUUUCGGUAGAGGUUCACUAGAAAAUGUUUCAUGUCAAAUAUCUAUACUCAAGGUCUUUCACGGUUUUGAAGAAGACAUGUUUGAAGUGUUUACCAUAUACAUAUAUGGAAAAUGCAUUGGCCACCCCCAGGGCUGGACUAAUUUAUAAUUCGGGGCUUUUAUUUCAACAAUCUUCAUAGUGGUCUACUUGACAAAGUUUCAAGCCAAAAAUUUAUGCUCUUGACCUUGUGGUUUCAGAGAUAUCUUUUUUUCUUUAAACAUAUACGGAAAUUUUUACCCCUGAGCGGAGCUAAAUUUGACCCCAGUGGCAUAACAUUUGAACAAACAUGGUGGAGGUCUGCUAGACGAUGUUUGAUGGCAAAAUAUAAUUAAGUGGUUUUGGAGAUUCUUUUAGUUUUUACUUUAAACAAGUAAGUUUAAUACAUCAUUCCUUAGGGCGUGGCUUAUUUUGACCACUGUGCAUAAUUUGAACAACCUUGGUAGAGUUCCACUAGAAAUGUGCUCUUUACCAUUAUACUCUUGCCAAAUAUCUAUGCUCUAGACCUUGUGGUUUGAAAAAGCUUCAUACAUGUACCAGGAAUGUUCCUGUCUAGUUUUACCAAAUUGGCCUAAACGGUUUACGAGAUAAUGUGGGUAAAAUAAUUAUUGUUAUAACUUGAGAUUUGAAGCUUUUAAACCAUACUCUUCAACUACAUCUGACUAAAGAAAAAAGGCCUGUAAAACAAAAACUUUUUUGUCAGUCUUCCUUGUACAUGUCUGUGGAAACAAUCCACUUAUGGUAUUGUUUUGAAUUGGAUAUGUUUGGUGAAAAAAGUUCACUUCCAGUGCAAGCUGUUGUGAUAUAUCUGUGUCCUUUUUAUCAAUGAUUUGCCUUUUUUCUACAAAUCUCAGAAACACAGGUUAAGUUGAUGCUUGCUGCAAUGCUCCUUGCAUGACAAUAGACAAAUGAAUGCUUCAUGUUAAUAGUUGCAUACUUUUUGUACUUUGUCAUUCGAACAAAAAAUAUUAAUUAUAAUUUUCUGCCAUCUUUGGUAAUUUGUGCCAAUCAUAUAUCUUUUUAGCUCACCUGAUUGGUCAGAUGAGCUUUUGUGACCGGUCUUCGUCUGUCUUGCAUCUGUCCGUCGUCCACAUUUGGUUUGUGAACACUAUAGGUCACAUUUCAUGUCGGAUCUUCAUGAAACUUGGUUAGAAGAUUUGUCUUAAUGAUAUCUCGAUCAAGUUCGAAACUGGGUCAUGCUAGGUCAAAAACUAGGUCACUAGGUCAAAAAAAAGAAAACCCUUGUAAACACUGUUGAAGUCACAUUUCAUGACCAAUCUUCAUGUUACUUUGUCAAAAUGUUUGCCAUAAUGAUAUGUUGGUCGAGUUCAAAAGUGGUUCCGGUAUGUUGAAAAACAUGGCCGCCAGUGGGGCAGUAUUCCUUGUUUGGCUAUAGAGAAACCUUGUUAACACUCUAUAAGUCAUAAUUUUCGCCCAAUCAUCAUGAAAGUUGGUCAAAACAUUGGUUUUAUUGAUAUCUCGGACGAGUUCGAAAAUGGUCCAGAUCGGUGAACAAACAAGGCCGCCAUUGGGCGGGGCAUUUAUCUCUAUAUGUAUAUAGUGAAACAUGUGAACACUCUAGAAAGAGUCACCUUUUUGGCCCAAUUUUCAUGAAAUUUGGUCAAAAAAUUUCUUUCCUUGAUAUGAGGGUUGAGUUCGAAAAUGGUUCCGGUCAGUUGAAUAACAUGGCUGCAGGGUGGGGGGGGCAGUUUUCUUAUAUUUAUAUAGGAAAACAAGCUUGUGAACACUCUCGAAAUCCCUUUUUUUGCCCAAUCAUCAUGAAACUUGGUACAAAAAUUGGUUUUAUAUAUAUCACAUAAUUAAUGCCAUAAUUAUUGCCCUUAGAUUGUCCAAAUUUUCAUUAUAUUAUACAAAAUCCUUGUUAACACUCUAGAGGUCACAAUUUUGUUUCAGAUUUUAUAAAUCUUGGUCAUAUUUAUUUUUGUAAGCAAAGUUUGAUGUUUGGUAAGUUGGGGGGGGGGGUCAACUCAAAAUAUAGGUCACCAGGUCAAAUCUUACAAAAACAUUCCAUAUGCCUGAGUUUUGGUUCAAUAAUGAUGAAACUUGACCAGGAUGUUUGUCUGGACAAUAUCUAGGUCAAGUUUGAGGUUUGGUAAAGAUUGAAUGAACCGGCUCCUCUCAGGUGAGCGAACUGGGGCCAUCUUGGCCCUCUUGUUAAGAGAAGACAGGAAACAAGAUACAAGGAUAUUCAAAUUGUUUUAUUGAGCAUAAAAUAUAAACCAUUGAAACCAAAAAAAUACGGACAUAGGUAUAUAUUCAUGUAUUCACUUGUGUAACUGUAAAAGUGUUAUCUUUCAUAAUUUGCAUGAGUUGUCAAGACCUAAAAUACAUUAUUUAUAUUAGUAACAUUUUAACUAAAUAAGUAUAUUUGUUCCAAUGAGAUAUAAAAACUGUUAAAAUCCAUCAUUAUAAUGUAUAUAAUUACAAAUUGUUAUGUAUAUAUAACAAUAUUACACCUCAGAGAUAAUGGUCCUUCUAUAUCUACAUGUAUAUAACCGGUUUCAGUCUGUAAAAUGCCAUAAUGAAACUUGAGAGUAUAUGGACCACUCAAUUUGCAUUAAAUUAACCAAAAAUAUAGAUAUAGAAGGACUAAUAU